UAGUUUUUGUAUAAUUUUGUAUCUUAUGAGCGACAGGGAGACCACUAGCGAGGACGACAUGAUCUUGCGAUCGGCUAGACGCCCUAUAGCCCACGUGGCAUUAGGACCCGAGGGUGAUAUGUUACUGUUCCACCAGCUUAGGGAGAGACAGCAGCAGCAGCGGAGAGCUAGGGAAGCAGAGGCCAGCAGGGCGUUCGCAAGCGAAGCCGCUGCUUCAGCAGCCAUGGCAACUGCUGCGCAGCAAAGUUCCCAGGCCAGCAGUUCAGGGUCCGUAGGGUCGACGAUUGCACAGACCUUGAGUCAGACCACUGGCGUUAUGGCAAGCCAACCAAUAGUGUUGACUCCUGAAGAGGUCGCCAUACAGAAAGCAGCUCUUCGCGAGGCACAGCUACAGAAGGCUUUAGGGGAGAUAAAGGCGGAGAAAGAGAAGAUGAUUAGAAGAAGAGCCAAGAUGCAGCGGAGACAAGCGGAUAUUAGUGAGUUAGAGGAGAUGGACCUGUCAGAGAUGGACGAUGAUGUGAGGACCCUGAGGACGGUCUUGCUAGGUGUAGUAGAGAUGCAGGAUCACCAAAUGGCGCUCUUACAGGACAUCCAACAGAGCCUGGCCGUGUUGGUCGGGCGAGCUCAGGCGACGCCAUCACCAUCAGGCCUGGAGGGUAUGUAUCUAGUUUAUGUCUCUACAGCAGGCGAGCCGGUGAAAAUGCCGCCGGAGAUAGAGGGAGUAGUCACUAAGUACCCUGAUCUAUUCGAAGAGCCGAAAGGGGUUGUUGAGAGGGAGGUCGUCCACACGAUACAGAUUAUCCCAGGGUCUAGCAUUCCAAAGGGUAGGAUCUAUCGGAUGUCUCCAGGCGAGCGUGAUGAGCUUCGUCGGCAGCUCAAGGAACUCGUAAAGAAGGGUUGGAUCCGGCUGAGUGUCUCCCCUUACGGAUCGCCAGUCUUAUUCGUAUCAAAGAAGAGGGGAACUUUAAGGAUGUGCAUUGACUAUAGGGGCCUCAAUGCCAUCACUGUCAAGAACCGAGAGCCCCUACCGCGCAUCGAUGACUUGUUGGACCGAGUGCAAGGGUGCUGUAAGUACGCUAGAUUAGUUGCGAUGCCUGAAACUGCGAAGAAUGGGCACGUCAUUAAGAUGUUCAAGGAGAACUGGGUCAGAGACUUUGGGCUACCGAAGUCUAUUGUAAGUGACCGGGAUGUCAGAUUCAGGAGUGAGUUGUGGAAAGCUGCAGCUGCAGAACAAGGUACACAGCUGCAGAUGACAUCCCGGAACCACCCAGAGGCAAACGGGCAGGCAGAACAGCUGAACCGCGUUGUACAGCACCUGUUAAGGCACUACUUCAAUCCCAACCAGGCGGACUGGGAUGAGAAGCUUGCUCUCAUCGCCAGCCUGUACAACAAUGCUGUGCACAGCGCAACAGGGGUAAGUCCAAACAGUUUGCUACUGACAUUCAAGCCUCGAUUGCCUCUAGACUUUCUACUACCUGAGAAUCAGCCGACCGCUGCACCUGGUACAUUAGAAUUUGCAUAUCGAUAUGAGCAGCUGAUGCAGCACGCUGUAGAACAGAUGCACAAGGCGCAGGCGGCAAUGAUAGAAUCUGAGAACAAGCACCGCCACCCAUCUACAUUCCAGUGCGAGGAGCACGGGGUGAUAAUUACAGAUGAAAUGGCGGACGCCAUGGUGCCUCCCCGGACUGAGAAAAAAGAUGCACAAUUGUCGAACACAUCGAUCUGGGAAGAGAAUGCCAGCAACAGCGCAGAAAGAGGGGAACUUCUCCGAAGAAUUGCCAAGGUCUGCAAGCGGCAAGGAUCGUAUCACUUAGCUUGCAAGAAAUACACCCAGGCAGGUGACAAGAUCAAGGCCAUGAAGGUUCUUUUGAAGUCAGGAGAUACAGAAAAGAUCAUUUUCUUUGCCAAUGUUUCAAGGCACAAGGAUAUAUAUGUAUUGGCAGCCAACUAUUUGCAGAGUCUUGAUUGGCACAACGAUGCGGAGAUAAUGAAGGCAAUCACGCAGUUCUAUUUCAAAGCAGGAGCUAUGGACUCACUGGCAACUUUCUACGAGGCCUGUGCGCAAAUCGAGAUUGAUGAAUACCGGGACUACGAAAAGGCCUUGGGAGCCUUGAGGGAAGCGCUCAAGUACUUGACGAAGUCCAAGACCGAGAACAAUGACGUCCGCCUCAAUUCGCUCACAAGAAGAAUCGCCAUGGUUGAAAAGUUUGUCCAGGCCCGGAAGCUCGCCAAGACUGAUCCGUCUCAAAUGGUCCGCCUCUGCAACGAGUUAAUCCUGCAAGUUCCGAGGGACGUAUCUGACCUGGAGCAACGGACUGCUGCUGCUCGUGAUGAUGAUGAUGAGGAGGAGGAGGAGGAAAAAGAGGACCAGGAGCAGGAAGAUUAGAAGGCGUGAAGAGGAGAGGUAAGAGGAAGGAUGGGGACGAUGAAUGAUUGGUGACGAGUCUGGGGAUUAUGUUCAAGCACCGAUGGAGAUUAUGAAAACC